UCACGUGGUUUUGUUUUGGGGAAGUGUGAAACACGAGCACCGUAAAACACUAAUGCAGUGUUUAACCAGAGCCGGUUACACGUUAGUGUGUAAACUUUCUGUUAGAUUAUUUCUUGUAAUCCUUUUCAAUUUAGCUGUCUAGCAGAGCACCCUAACGUAACAUGCAGGCGAUGUUUAGAGGGCAUGCAGUCUAAGUCAGAGACAUGCUGCUAACUGUAGCCCGCUAACAUGGAGCUGCACUUCCAGCUCAUUUUGGCUUUCCUGCUUUUUUCCGAGUGUUUUGUAGAGACGAAGAAGAUCCGCGGACUUUCCAUGUCAUACAGAAGGCUGUACAGAGAGAGAAAGUCUUUUCUCUGUAUGGACGGCUCCAGGUUGAUCCCCUUCAGCCAGGUGAAUGACGACUACUGUGACUGCGCUGAUGGAUCAGAUGAACCUGGUACAGCAGCCUGCCACAAUGGACGUUUCUACUGUAUGAAUCUAGGUUUUCGUCCACAUUAUAUCCCGUCUUCUAGAGUCAAUGAUGGUAUCUGUGACUGCUGUGAUGGCUCUGAUGAGUUUGCUAGCCGAAUACAGUGUUCCAACAAAUGCAGGAUGUUGGGACAAAAAGAGAGGCAGGAACUGGAAGAGAGAAUGAAAGCCGUGAACGAGGGAUUACACCUGAAGAAGCAAUUAAUAGAGGAGGGUGCCCUCAUCUGGCAGGAGAAACAGACACAGCUUAGCCAGCUCCAGAAGGUGGCUGAGGACCUGAAGAUUAAGGUGGAGGACUACAGGAAGAGAAAGCUGAGAGCUGAGGCUGAAAAAGAGCACUUGGAGAAAGCAAUUAAGCCUGACAAUAACAGUGUUGGAGAUCAGAGUCAGUGGCUUGGAGUUGUGCCCCAUGAUAGCAGGUCAAAAGUGGACAAAGACAAGUCCAGUGUGAUCCGUGGUAAAGAGCAGGAAGAGAAGACGGAGAUUCAACAAGGACAGAACGACCCAGUCAGAACCCCUCCACAUGAAAACCCCGAUAAAUUACCUCCUGUUAUCAGAGCUGCACAGGGUGCUGUAGACAGUGCUGUAGCUGAACUGCAGAAGGUUGAGGAGGCGUAUGACACUGUUCAAAUGGAGAUCAGGGAACUGAAGGAGAAGCUGGCUAUUGAUUACGGUCCUGAACGGGAGUUUGUGUUUCUGCUGAGCCGUUGUGUGCAGAUGGCCGUUUCUGAGUACACAUAUACGCUCUGUCCCUUCAGUCAGGUCACUCAGAAGAACAAUGUGGGGUCAGAGGUCAUGUUGGGGAAGUGGGACGGAUGGCUUGGUCCUGCUGACUCUCCUUAUAGGCAGAUGAAGUAUGAUGAAGGAGAAGCCUGCUGGCAGGGCCCGAAGCGUUCCACAGUGGUGUCUCUGGUUUGUGGAACGGAGACUGACUUGAGGUCAGUGAAGGAGCCCAGUAAAUGCCUCUACACCAUGGAGCUGCAAACACCAGCAGCCUGCAGCCUAAACACACAGCGACGCAGCAUACACAAUGAACUCUGAUCUCUAAGGUCAGAAAACCAUCUACACACAAGUCUUUCGUCUUAAGUCCUGGAGAAGUGUUUUACUCCAACACAUCAACUUACUUAUGUUACAGCUUAUGGGCCAUUUUCUUAGUCAUGCAAUAAACAAAGUCAGGAAGGUUCAGGAAGUCAGUCCUGUAUGUAGAAAGUUGAAUUAGUAGAUUCACCUACUAACUGAGAUGAAGUAAGUUUUACCGAAGACCUUUGGGACGAGUUAGAGUGAAGCUUCACUGAACCACUUUGAAAUCAUUUAAAUGGUGAAGCCAUAUUGAGAACCUGUGAGUUGAUAUGAAUCUCUGUUGAGACAUCCUGGGGGCAAGGUUGAGUGAUACAGCUCUGUUGAACACCUUUGGGGAUCAUCCAACACCAGAAACUGAGCUGACUAACACUCUUGUAGCUUAGUGGACUCAAACCUAAGAAAAUAUUUCAUGAUCUGCAAAGCCUUCUCACAAGAGUGAAAUUUGUUACUGCAGCAAAGAAGAAACAAACCUAUUAAUACCCACGGAAGAAAUGUUCUGGAAUUCUGGAUGAAAAAUUGGACAAGAAGGUACCUGGAUAUUUUUUGAGCUGUAGUCAAGGUUUCAUUGUAAGCUCAUGAUUUGAAUAAGGUUUGUCGGACUUGGAAAGCACUAAACUGCAUAAUGCAGCUGACCUUCUGGAACUAGAGUUUGAGAUUUUUUUUUUUUAAAUCUGACAAACCCACCAAAAUAACCCACAAGCCAAAUUACUGAAACAAGGGCAUCAAAGAAGGGCAUCAAAAAACGAUUUGUUUUCCUUCCUUUCUCUUUAUAGUACUGGUUUUUCUUAAGAGUGUUCUAGUAUAAUCAUUGCUGUCAUUUUAAGACCUUGUAACUCCUUGUUGCUCUAUUUGAAUUCUCCCUAUGUCCUUUACAUGGUGUUAUCUCAUGACGAAUGGACCAACAGAAAUUGUCCAAAGUUAUGCGAAAUAAAAUCUUGUUACAAACAUUUUA